AUGUCCACCACACCUCGAGAGAUCAAAUUCUCCUUCCUCGCCCGCGAACAAUCCGAGGGCGCAGGCGCCGUGGUCCGCCGCUCAAUAGGAACGCCCAAGCUCCGACACUUUACGCCGUUCCUCAUGCUCGAUCACUUCCGAAUCCCUCCGGGCGCAGGGUUUCCUGACCACCCCCACCGCGGGCAAGAGACGAUCACAUACCUCCUCAAGGGCGGCGUCGACCACGAAGACUUUGCAGGCAACAAAGGCACAAUCGGGCCCGGCGACUUGCAGUUCAUGACAGCAGGCAAGGGCAUCAUGCACGCCGAAAUGCCCGUCCAGACCGAAGACAUCAACGUCGGGAUGCAACUCUGGGUCGACCUCCCCGAGCAUCUAAAGUCCUGCGAGCCGCGGUACCGCGACCUCCGCGCGGACGAAAUUCCCAUCGCAAAGACCGCCGACGGCAAAGUCACGGUCAAGGUGAUCUCCGGCAAAUCCGAGGGUGUGGAAUCGCUGAAGGACCUCGCCUACACGCCCGUCUGGCUUCUCGACAUCGAGAUCCAACCGGGCGGCAAAAUCACACAGGACCUGCCUCAAGGCUGGAACGCCUUCGCAUAUACCAUGGAAGGCGCAGUCACGUUCUCGAACGGCGCCGACGCCGCAAAGGCCGAGACAGUGACGCCUUAUCACAACGUCGUGUUUGAACAAUCUGGCGACGUGGUCACGGCAUCCGUGGAGGAAGGCGCCUCCGACUCUGCUCGUUUCAUCCUGGUCGCGGGCCAGCCGUUGGAUCAGAACAUCGUGCAGUACGGACCGUUUGUCACGACGAGUAAAGAGGCCGUCUACCAGGCCAUGAUGGACUUCCAGACCGCGAGUAAUGGGUUCGAACGCGCGGCGAACUGGGAAAGUCAAAUUGGGAAGAGCAUGGGCCGAGUGCGAUAG